AUGACUUUGUUUUUGAAAAUAAAAUCGGUCAUUCAGCUGGCUACAGUUAUUUUUUCGCUUCUUACGAACUUUGUUUCCAUUUAUUUGGUUGUUAACCAUUCACCAAGUAAAAUUGGCAAUUAUAAAGUCCUAAUGAUCUAUUUUUCGAUAAUGUCCAUGGUUUAUGCGAUUCUGGAUUAUUUAGUACAACCAUAUAUUCACAGUUAUGGUGCAGCUUUCGGAAUGUACAUGGAUUUGAGAGGGACCAUAUUUGAAGAAUAUCGAAUAAUACCUUUUUUACUAGUUGCGGCAUUGCGUGGUAGUUUUUGCUCAACGAUAUACGCAAUUGCCAUUAAUUUUAUUUAUCGAUUUUUCGCACUUGAAAGAGAAGGCCGACUCCGAUAUUUUUCUGGAAAACGUCUGUUAACCUGGAUUUUUAUUCCAAUUGUGUCUGCAGUUCUUUGGGUCAGCAACAACUCGAUUUGGUUGAGUCCCAAUCCAGAACUAAACGAUUAUAUGAGGAACCGGACCCGAGAAAAAUAUGAGUUGGAUAUUGAUCGUACCAGCUACACAGCAUGCCUGUACUGGAGAAUAGAUCAGAACGGGAACCAAAUCUUGAGUUGGAAAGACAUGAUAGGGGCUUUGGGGCUUUAUCAUAUGAUGACGAUCCCAUUUGUCACUAUAGUCUACUUCGGGAUCAAAAGCUAUUGGAAAAUAAAGGAAAUUCUAAAACAAGGAGAAAGUGAAUACAGUAAACGACUUCAAAUUCAAUUGUACAAAGCGCUGGUUGCACAGACACUGAUCCCAAUGACAUUCCUUUUCUUCCCAAUUGGAAUAUUUCUUAUAUCCCCUUUGAUUGGUAUUGAUAUCGAAUGGGCUAGUCUCCCGAUCACAUUUCUUUACGCGUUUUAUCCAGCGGUGGACCCAAUUCCUAAUAUGAUAUUUAUCGAGGAGUAUCGGUUAGCUGUUCACAAUUGGAUUCGUCGCUUACUCAGAAAGAAUCAGGUAGCUUCUGUGGUCUCUUAUGAAUUAACAACGGAUGUAGUUUGA